CGGGAGGAUAGCUUCUACCAUCAAUGUUGUGGCUGGAAAUAGCUCCUCAUGGCCAGAGCAUAGCUCGCAGAUUGUUUAACGUUGGAAGUACCGGCUGUUAGAAACUAAAGGGUAUAAAACGUACAGGGUGAUUUGUUGUAAUUUUUCAUGCUAGGUAUCCAUCUGACAGCUUUCCUAGUUGAAAGGGUAAUAAUAAGUUUGCAUGCCUUGCGUUAUUUGACAUGAAGGAAAAAUAAUUCUGGACAAUUUGGACCCUCCAAAAAAGCGAUUCAUUAACAAUUGAACGAAUUAGUGCUGCAUUGUCAUUCGCCUGUCAUUUUGCCACACACAAGAUGGCCGCCCUCCGGCUCUUCCUGUGAGCGCCGCCAGGAACGUGGUGGGCGGGGUGUGUGCAGCUAGUGGCAAAGUUUGGGAAUGAUAGUAGGACCUGUGAAAGAUUGCAAGUGAGGGAAGUGGCGUUGCGGGUCUGCUUUGAAAUUUGAACGUUAUUUUUUAUUUCCAAGAAUACUAAACAUCACAGGCCUGAGGUUCGAUACACUGUCUGCACAGCGCGGCCUUUUCAACAGCAGCUGUAGUCAUGUCCGAGGACAUGAGCUCUCUACCUUGGUCCAUCAACAAAGAUGAUUAUGAGCUACAAGAGGUGAUUGGGAGCGGAGCCACGGCGGUGGUGCAGGCAGCUUACUGCGUGCCCAGGAAGGAGAAGGUGGCCAUCAAGCGGAUCAACCUGGAGAAAUGCCAGACCAGCAUGGACGAGCUCCUGAAGGAAAUCCAGGCAAUGAGUCAGUGUCAUCACCCAAACAUCGUCUCUUACUACACUUCAUUUGUGGUGAAGGAUGAGUUGUGGCUGGUGAUGAAACUCCUCAGCGGUGGAUCAGUUCUGGACAUCAUAAAGCAUAUUAUUUCCCGGGGCGAACACAAGACUGGAGUCCUGGAUGAGCCCAGCAUAGCCACUAUUUUAAAAGAGGUGUUGGAAGGGCUGGAGUACUUGCACAAAAAUGGCCAGAUUCACAGGGAUGUGAAGGCAGGCAAUAUUCUGCUGGGAGAAGAUGGCUCAGUACAAAUUGCAGAUUUUGGUGUUAGUGCCUUCCUAGCAACAGGUGGCGACAUUACCAGGAAUAAAGUUAGAAAAACCUUUGUUGGAACGCCAUGCUGGAUGGCUCCAGAGGUUAUGGAACAGGUCAGAGGUUAUGAUUUCAAAGCUGAUAUCUGGAGUUUUGGGAUCACGGCUAUCGAAUUGGCAACAGGAGCAGCUCCUUACCACAAAUAUCCACCCAUGAAGGUGUUAAUGCUAACCCUGCAGAACGACCCUCCUUGCUUGGAAACGGGUGUCAUGGAUAAAGAGACGGUAAAGAAAUAUGGCAAGUCUUUCAGGAAGAUGAUCUCCCUUUGUCUUCAAAAGGACCCAGAGAAAAGACCAACAUCAUUAGAGCUUCUAAAGCACAAAUUCUUCCAGAAGGCAAAGAACAAAGAAUAUUUACAAGAAAAGCUACUACAACGGGCACCUACAAUCACAGAAAGAUCCAAAAAGGUCCGGCGUGUGCCGGGCUCCAGCGGGCGGCUCCAUAAGACGGAGGACGGGGAGUGGGAGUGGAGCGACGACGAGCUGGAUGAGGAAAGCGAAGAGGGCAAGGCCGCAGUGGCGCAGUUAAGGGAUCAUCAUCCAAAGGCAGUAAAUGUCCCAAAGCGUCAAGUUCGGUUUUCCCUGCCACUUGAACAACCUUCGCACAGGGUUAUUUUUUUUGGAAAAAUACAGAUGGCAUUCCUCAAACAAGGAAUGGGUUCUAGUUCUUUUUUCCGUUUUUGCAGAAAUUUAAAGAAGGAACUAAAUGACAUACGAUUUGAGUUCAUGCCUGGAAGAGACACAGCUGAUGGUGUUUCACAGGAGCUGGUUUCGGCAGGGUUGGUUGAUGGGAGAGACUUAGUAAUAGUUGCUGCUAAUUUGCAGAAGAUUGUUGAUGAGCCUCAAACUAAUCGAUCUGUCACUUUCAAACUGGCUUCUGGAGUUGAAGGCUCCGAAAUUCCUGAUGACGUUAAACUUAUGGGAUUCGCACAGCUCAGCAUUAGUUAAAUUGCAGUACUACCAGAAACCUGACUUGCCUAAAAUAGAAAAACAAAUAGAAUCGCACACCUGUGCAUAUUCUUUACUUUCAUUGGCCUAAUGAAACCACUACUGCCAAAGAAAUAUAAGAUGCUGUUGCCCCCACUGGACUCAGAAACAUGCUAACUUUCUAACUAGGAAUAUGUGUUUACAGUGUAUGUAUGUUUGGAAUAACCCAGUCAUCAUCCACGCAUAAAAUCUUGUAUUUGCACAAUCUUAAUUAAAUCCUGCAAGUCCUGGUAAUGUAACAAUGCCUUAUUUUAAACAUUACUACUGAAUAAAUGGUGGGGGUGUCCCCGUGAUGGUAAUGAA